UUUCACGGUAAGUCUCGUUAAUCGGGAGGGCAUUCAAGGCGUUUCGCACAGUAACAUUUCAUUUUCAAACGUUUAUUAAACAAUAUUUCUACCAUUCAAUUAAUAUCGUUACAAACAGUAGAAUAGAUUAUCUAACACCUUGGUGAAUUUUAGUAAUGUUGUGUGCAUAUCUUAUACAGGGGACGCUUGACGCUUACAAUGAUCGAAUGAGAUAUUACGCCAUCUUCACAGGAAAAAAUUGACCGCGUGUAUGGUUUAGUUUUUAAUCAUGGCUUAAAAUAAAAACUGACAAUAGAUGUAAUGCUUCUAUACUAAUCCGCAACAGCCGUUACUCUUUCUGAAAAAUAAACGAAUAGUAUUUUAAUUCAUAAUUGAUUGUUCUUCCACUAUUGAAUUAAGUAACGUAACCAUUAAUGUCAGCAAUAUAUACAUAUAUAUAUAGCACAUUGUGUGCCGGCAUAUUUUACAAUACACCUUCCAAUCACUUGCUCGCUCUGUAUACUUUCAAAAACUUAAGCCAACGUUUCCUGAAGUUCCGAAUUUAUUUUCGGAUAAACUUCUCAGUACCAGUUUCAUCCGGAACCAUUAUGCAACAUUUGCGAUUGAUUUAUCAUCGUGCUCCUAAGUUUUCCUAUUCUCAUGAACUCCCGAUGAAAAACCAAACCGCGGCGAUUAUGCAUGCACAUAAAAUAGAAUUUUCAGAACAUCAUGCGCGCUAGCGUAGCGCAUGGAAAAAUUGGGUCGAUGUGUGAAAGAUGGCGGCUGCUGCGUGGUGUGCGUGAGAAAAUAUUCAUGCCGUGGAUUUUGCCAACAACAUGACAAGAUAUGAAAAUGCCUGUUUACACGUGCAGAGCACUAUUGCAUGCGGAAGGUUCGUAAUAUGCUUGUAACUGUUCAGAUUCUAUGCCCCCGGUUCGCGUGAAGAACGUUUGUUUACGCAAAAAGUUUGUAUAAUACACUUCAACGUGAAGUGGAGUGUCGUAAAGGGGAAAAAGGGACUCCUUAGCAUAGACGAGACUGGAGAUAAAGUGUUGCCGGACUUUGGCCCGGUGAGAAGAUCAGUAGAGAUGCUGAAGCAAUUGCAGAUGGGGAUGAGAGCUUUCCUCCUGAUGGCCUCCCGUGUGUGGACCUGCGUCUGUUUUCUACUCAAGAAGCAGGUUAGAGCCAUAUCACAAAUGCAACCUGUCAAAUAUGAGAUCUUUCCAUUAUCACCAUUGUCGAGGCACAGGCUUAGUAUAGUUAAAAGAAAAGUAUUAGUAUUGGAUUUAGAUGAAACAUUAAUUCAUUCUCAUCAUGACGGAGUGGCAAGGCCGACGGUCAGGCCUGGUACACCUUCAGAUUUUGUUCUUAAAGUGACAAUAGACAGACAUCCAGUCAGAUUUUUUGUUCACAAAAGACCACAUGUGGAUUUCUUUUUAGAUAUUGUUAGUCAAUGGUAUGAACUAGUGGUGUUCACUGCUUCUAUGGAAAUCUAUGGAGCAGCUGUCGCAGAUAAGUUAGAUAACAACAGGGGUAUUCUAAGGCGCAGAUAUUAUAGGCAACAUUGUACCCCAGAAAUGGGUUCCUAUACUAAAGAUCUGUCCGCAGUUUGUCCAGAUCUAGCGUCAGUCUUUAUACUUGAUAAUAGUCCUGGAGCCUACAGAGCUUAUCCAGAUAACGCGAUACCAAUCAAGUCAUGGUUUAGCGACGCGGGAGAUACUGCUCUCUUGAGCUUACUUCCAGUUUUAGAUGCACUUCGUUUCACACAAGAUGUGCGGUCCGUUCUUUCAAGGAAUUUACAUUUACAUCAUACUUGGUAGCAUAGUCUGGAUUGAUCGACACAUUAGAUUUAUUAGAGACCGAGCUGCAAAACAGUUUAGCGUGUUUAAUCUAGGAUUAUUAUUGUUACGGAUAAUAGACAUUAGGAUGCUGCCUGAAUGAUAAGACGAUGAUCCCUUUACCCUGUCCUCAUUUUUUACGCUCGUUACAAACGGAACCAGAACGAGUAAGUUUAAAGGGGAGUGGGACCUUCAACCAAACUAUUUAUGUCAGCACAAAACAUCCUGGUAUAUUUUUCGUUAUGUUCAUGUGUGCGCAAUAAUAUAUACAUACAUACAUAACACGCACAGACACAUAUAUGUAUGUGUGCGUGUGUGUGUUUUAUUAAAAAGAUGUAUUUGCCAAAGAUCGAGUUUUUAAAGUAAUGUAGACUCAUAUAUUUCACACUAAAUAAUUUUGUUCUAAGUAAAGAUAUUAUACUAAACAGUUUAAGUACUUUUUGCCACACAUGAUUAAAAAAAAAAUGUUAUAUUUUUUAAACGAAUUAUUUCUGUUAUGUAUAAUAUUAUUAAAUCUAGGGUAUAGUAUAAAAAUGAAAAAAAAUACUAAGUCACACUUCGAAUGGAUUUCGCUGUAACUCACUGUAUCAGUGAGGCAGCUAUCCUGAUUACCUAAUAAUAAAAAGAAGUAUUAAAGACUAUAAAGAAGCGAUAUUUGAUUUCAUCAAAUUUCUGAAACAAUUAGAAUUAUUUAAAAUACGAUGUACGAUGUUAAUACGUCAAAAAAUAGACGAGUAAAGUAACAGUGAAAGGAUACAGUCACGUGUGUGACUGUAUACUUUGUUCGCUCGUUUAAUCAUUCAAAAGUACUAUUGAAUAUUAUAUGGUUUGUACAUAUUAUGAUGAGGAAUGUAUUUGUUGCAAGAAUGAUUGGUUUACGUGAAUGAACAAUGUAAUUAAGCCAUUAAACGCAAAUUUUACAUAACAUUUAUACAUGUAUAUAAAUAUUUGUUUUACUUAAUCAUAAAUUUGAAAAUAGAAAAAUAUGCCCAUGUGCACAAGAUUGAAAUAAUAAUUUGUUCUCAAAUAAAUUAUAUAUGAUUGAGAACAUUUGUUUAUUUAUUGACGUAUAUCGAACGAUUUGCUCAUGUGGAUUUAUAUUACUAAUUGUAAUUUAUCCCAAAGUAAGUUUAGCCAUGGGUAAUAGAUAUAGGUUAGAGCAGGAUCACACCACACUCGGUAAAAUUUUUCUGUACAUAAUAUGCUUGCAUGUCUCAUUGUCACAUACAUGCAGUUAUACAGGGUGUUCGG